GAGGUCAAAGUCCAGAUGACCGUGAUGCUGAGCUACAACAAGCAGUUCAUCCACUUUUGCGACUCGCUGUUUCAUCCCCCCUCGCCGAACUUAAACAUCAAUGAGCUCAUUAAAAGGCAAAGUGGCUCUUGUGACAGGAGCAAGUUCUGGCAUUGGAGCUGAGACGGCCAGAUAUUUUGCCUCGUUAGGAUGCUACCUGUCUCUGUCUGGUCGGAAUGAAGCCAAUCUGAAGACGGUCGCUGAGGAAUGCCAACAGAAUGGCUUGCCUAAAGAUAAAAUUCUCCUCAUACCAGCCGAUCUUGGCGAAGAAGAAGACGUCAAGAAAGUUGCUGAUAAAACCAUUGAAUACUUUGGCAGCUUGGAUGUACUGGUCAACAAUGCAGGUGUCGUUCAUCCUGCAUCCAUUGAGACGUUUACUUUGGAGAAAUUCGACAAGACGUUUGAUGUCAACGUCCGAGCACCAUUACAACUCACACACCUACUCAGACCACAUCUCAUCAAAACUAAAGGUGCCAUUGUGAAUGUUUCCAGUGUCUACGGCAUUAUGGCGUUUCCCGGGAUGAUACCCUAUUGUAUGUCUAAGACGGCAUUGGAUUCCUUAACACAGAACAGUACACACGAUCUCGCCCCUCAUGGAGUAAGGGUCAACUCAGUCAACCCUGGCGUCAUUAAGACACCAGUGUUCAAGCGAAGUGGCAUGUCGGAUGAACGUUAUGAGCAGUUUUUGAAGUUGUGUGAACGCACCCAUGCCAUGGGUCGUCCCGGCACCGUGGAUGAGGUUGCCAAGGUGAUAGCAUUCUUAGCCUCCGAUGAUUCGUCCUACGUCACGGGAGAGCUCAUCACCAUAGAUGGCGGGAAAUAUCUGCUUACGGUCAUGACUCCAGAAAAUAAAGAGUGAAGCACACAUCGAGAUAUUUUUUCAAAAUAUUU